CUCACUCAAAUGCAUCUCCAUCUACUAACCGAAUAUCUACCUAGGUGAGAUGGAUGCAGGAGACGACGUUGGUGACCUGCGCGACAAACACGCCAAUCUCGGCACACUACGUGUGGAUGUCUGGCGAUGUGUAACUACUGGACCAUCUCCCAAAAAUUUUCCGACCAUUCCAGAAUCAAAGGUUGUUUCCGAGAAAGAGAUAAAAGGCAAAUCCAUUGACGUCUCUACAAGCUAUGUUCGUACGCCGCUCCCAAAGAUCGGAAGUUCGAUCUCGGUUCGCUAUCUCGAUAAGACGGCCAUUGCCUCCUUCUCUUUCAAGUACCGCACGAGACGCGCACUGCAAUCCCUUCUCAUCAUCGAGCCCGACCCCGUUCCAGUGCCGCUAGAGGAAAGACCCAUUGAGGAACUCACCCGUGAAGAGCUGUUGACAUUGCUGCAGCGACAGAAAGUUAGAAGAUCACCCAUGGAGCGUGGUUCAUCUAGUCUGACACUCUAGCAGGAACAAAUUCAGAUCAAGCAUGAGAAGAAGCCAAUAAAACGCGAAUUGUCGCCCAGCAUUCCAGACCAAAUCACUCCGAUGAAGCGCAUCAAAGGCGACCAGGGCCAGGACGUUUAUGUCCUCGACUCUGACGACGAAUGAGAAAACAUGAUAGAGACCAGAUCAAAGUUGAUUGAUGAAUAUCUAGGCGGAUCAACUAGUGGAAUUGAUGAUCUUCAUUUGGCCGAUCGACCGACAGCUGCUCUUCGCGACCGAAGGCUACUAUUAAGUCGGCAAAGGUGCUUUCUCAGCCAGAUUUUUAUGGAUAUGGCACUUGCAUGCGAGGAAAUAUCGGACGCCGGCUUUCCAUGUGAUAGCAUUGGAUCUAGCUCAUUGGAAAAUCGAGAUAGGAAGCCCACCAGAGCUUGCAUGAUUGGGGGUAUGAAUGAGGCAGCUGGUACGCACCUACCGCUGGCGGUCAAGUGCUCGAAAGUCAGGUCGAGAUCUUGAAAUCAUGGCCAUGUUUUGACUGGAUCAUAGUUUCUAU